GGCUCCCAUCGCACGAAAUUCACCCAGUAGCCGUUGACGGCUCUUUAGGUGACGGAUUGAGUCCAGAAUCAACAAUUUUCUUUUCCCGUUUUCGUUUAUUUUUUUUAGGGGGGGAAAAGGAACAAGAAAGAGGUUAGAAAGCUACGCCGUAGCAGCGAAGCUAAGCUUAUUCUGCGAUACAACCUCGAGACAAGUCGGGACAAGACCAGUCUCAGGGCUCACCAUACUCAAUGAGCGGACAGCGCAAUGUCAGAGCGCUCUGGGCAAACUGCAAAGGGGAAGGAAGGCAAAACCAAGUAUGCGUCUCUCAACUUGUUUGAUACAUACAAAGGAAAGAGCCUUGAAACACAAAAGCCUGUUGUUCCCCCCCGCCAUGGCCUGCAGUCUCUUGGUAAAGUUGCCUCCGCGCGGCGCAUGCCACCACCUGCCAACCUGCCCAGUCUGAAGGCGGAGAACAAAGGCAACGACCCCAACGUCUCGCUCGUUCCCAAAGACGGCACAGGAUGGGCAAGCAAACAGGAACCAGCAGACCCAAAGAGUACCGAUGCAUUGUCAGCACCGCAGCCGGAAUCGCAGCAGCCUGUGGCUUCACAGAUAGCUGCACCGACCCGCCCGAGAACCCCACCAGUUUCAGAGGCUCUGGCCCCACCUUCAACACAGGCCGUAGGGGCAAGGUCGUGGGCACAGGCCAGCGUUACACAUGGAACACAAGGGGAUGGUGGAAAGGGAUCAAACCUACCGUCGCCGUUCUCUCGCGAGGAAUUUCCCACCCUGCAGUCGGCUGGCGACCAGGACAAAGCUGGCAGAGAACCGGCCACUGCAGAUCAGUGGUAUGGGCCCGGACCAAGCCUCCGCCCCCAGAACGUUACAAGUUGGCGGGACGGUGGGGGCCGAGCCUUGGCGCCCACCCUGCCUGGGGAGGGGGCAGCGGAGGGGGGCACAGGUGGAGCGCUGGUGAUGGAUGGGGCAGCUGGGGUCCCCCAUCCAAACCCCCAGAUCCAAGGGCCACCUAGGAAUCCCCCUGCAGGCAGCCCCGCCUUGCCCCUGCCCCAGCCCCCCGUGGGGCCCGGGUUUCCUCCAUAUCGAGGGAUCAUGCCACCCUUCAUGUAUCCCCCCUAUCUCCCGUUCCCGGGCCCCUAUGGGCCUCAGGGGCCCUACAGGUACCCGCCACCUGGGGAGGGGCCACCUCCAAGGUUCUCUCGUGGACAGGGGCCUGACGGCAGGGCCCAGGGCGGCCCUCGGGAUUCAGGGGAAGUGGUGAAACGCCCCUCCAUCUUGAAGCAGGACGACCUGAAGGAGCUGGAUGAGCUGGAUCACGACGGAGACGACGGCUGGGCAGGGGCGAAUGAGGAGAUCGAUUACUCCGCCAAGCUGAAGUUCAGUGACGACGAAGCCGAUGAAGAGGGAGACGAAGACAAAAAGGAGAGCAAGAAUGACUCGCGGUACGUGAACAAUGAGCAGCAACGGUCCCAGGACGCUCCCGCUGCAAACUCUCACUCCCGAGCCUCGGACAGCGGCGGCGAAAGUCGCCACACGCCCCCCUCGAACGCUGACGGCGCCCCACAGCCCCCCUCCAGCAAGCCAGGAUGGGCCGAGGAGGGAAGCAGCGGCUGGGGAACUCAGGGGGCGCCAUCCAGCUACCAGGGGCGCAGGCCUGGAUUGGGUGGCCCCCGGGAGCAGCCCUCCCCCCCACCUGGGCCGCUCCUCGGACCAGGGCCCUACUCCUUUUAUCGACAGGACCGGACGCACGGCCAGGGUUCGCUCCUCGGCCCGGGAAAGCCCGCCGCCGCCGCCCAGCUCCAGCUCCAGCCAGGAUCAGCGGGUCCGGCCGCUUCCUCUCAGCCCGCCCUGCUGGUCCACGGCUCCCAGGGAGACGACGAAGACGAGACCUGGCGCCAGCGCCGGCAGCAGUCGUCCUCUGAGAUCUCUGCGGCCGUUGAGCGAGCCCGUCGCCGGCGCGAGGAGGAGGAACGCAGAAUGGAGGAGGAGCGGCGGGCCGCCUGCGCCGAGAAGCUGAAGAGGCUCGACGAGAAGCAGCAGCAGCAGCAGGGCAGCGGCCCGGCAGCCGGCGGCGGCGGCAGCAAGACCCCCAGCCUCGACGGGAACUCCACCGCUGCUACGGCCGGCAGCCCCAGUCCGUCGGUUUCAGCGUCCUCCCCGAAUGUCAGCCAGCCGGCCUCCCCCUGCGUGGACCCCGAAGAGCCUCCGGUGCUGGCAGCCUCUUCCGGGUCCGGCUCUGCAGCGAGCGACCGCCGGCGAGCCAGCAGCAACAGCAGCUAUGACUCCACUGCAGAUGUCCAGCAGUGUCCCCAGCCAGCUGUGUCCCAGCCACAGCAGCCCACUCCGGAUGUCCCUCCGUCAGUGGAGAGUAAGGAAGAGGCCGCAGGCAGUCCUCACAUCCGUGCAGGAAGUGGCGGUGAAAGAGGCGUCGAGCCGGUGAAGAUGGAGAGUUCUGGCGUAGGAGUGGGCCGUCAAGCCGGCGGUCCUCCAGGCCAGGGUUACUCCAAGUACCAGAAGUCUCUACCGCCUCGCUUCCAGAGGCAGCAGCAGGAGCAGCUUCUGAAGCAGCAGCAGCAGUGGCACCAGCAGCAGCAGCACAGCCAGGCCUCCCAGAGUCAGCUGUCCCCCCAGCCCCAGGCGCCUCAGGGCCCGUCCCCAGGCUCCACCCCCCAGCCGGGCCCUGGCCCAAAGCAGGGCGGACCCCUCUAUCAGCCGGGCAGCAUGGUGCGACCUCCACCUCUGCCCAUGAAUUUUGAUCCUCGCUGGAUUAUGAUGCCCUACAUGGACCCUCGCGUGAUGCAAGGUCGCCCUCCUCCCAUGGAAUAUUACUCAGCUGCUGGCAUGCACCCGUCUGGGCUUAUUGGCCGUGAACGAUCCGAUUCAGGCGGCUCUGGUUCUGAGCCUUUCGACAGGCAGCAGCAGCAUCCGGGCCACCCUCACCGUGGGACCCCCCCUAUGGACCCAAAGCUGGCCUGGGGGCCCGAGGUGUUCCCUGGAGGAGCGGACAGCCGCGGCCUGACGUCUCCGUUGAGACAGAAGCAGGCACUGGAGGAGGAGGAAGUGGGGAAAGGGCCAAGAAGUGACACUCCUCCACACCGCCUGCGCGAUGGUGGACUGGGACCAGUUCAGCAGCCCAGCUCAUCAUCUGGCACCUCCAGUCAAACUCCUCCUCCUCCCGUUGCUGUGCAAGUUGGCAGCCAGGGAGGCACACACCACCCUCAUCACUACAUCGGAGGGCGGGGCAACUACAGCAAUUUCCCCGACCAGGGUGCAAGGAUGCCUCUCCACCCGCAGCAGAGGCAGGGCGAAAGGGGCAGCCAGCCCCACGGCUUCACCCACCCAGAUGACGGGCCUUCUCGAGGACCUCAGCAGGUGCAGAUCUGGGGAGCUCCACAUCCUCAUUACGACCGUAACGGCCGUGCAGACCUCCCCGCCGUGGAGGGCAGCGCUCAUCUUCCCCACCACCACAGCCACCACCAUCAGCAGCCUCAGUUCCCGCUGAACCCUCACAAAGCAGAAAGCAGUCGUGACAGGGGCGGCGAGGCUCCCGCCAAGAAGACGGACUCUUCUCCACCUCUUCACCAGCCAUCCCUGUCAUCCUCAUGCUCCUCUUCCUCCUCCUCCUCGGCCAGGGAGGAUGGGAAGGCGGCCCAGCAUCACCCGGCGCCUCUGAGGGAGGCUGAGGCUGGCGUAGGGGAGAGAGGCAGCAACAGCCACAUGAAACCAGACAAACCAGGCCCCACGUUUCUGCCCCAUUCCAACCAAAACCCUCCUCAGCAUGGCGGCCAUAAUCAGUCUCAGCAGCAUCCUCACUCUAAACCAAACCAAAGAGGAGGGCGCGAGCAUAAAACGGAGACGCAGUGGGGCCCGCGGCCUGGAAGCAACAGCAUGAGCGGGGGAUCGUCCCACGGCAGGAGGGGUAACAACGCAGGAGGAGGAAGAGGAGAGGACCCCUCCAGUACUCCAUCAGACCACAAACCCUCCAACCAGACAGGAGGCAGCAACCCCAACAAGAGGGCUGGUCCAAUCAAGAAGCCUCUGCUGAAGGAAAUAAAGAGGGAAGGAGUGGAGGUUGAUGGAGGAGACAAACAAGGCAAGGAGAAAGAGCAAGAUGGCGGCCAGCCCGCCUCCUUGAAGCAGGACGCCUCCUCCAUGCCCCAGAAUGCCUCGCCUGCAACCAAAGAGGAGCAGAACCAUACAGCUAAAGCCCGGAGUGGAGGGAAAGAACGGUCCUCUGGAGGUGGAGGAGGCUCCGGCAGAGGGUCCAAGGUUGUGGACUCAUUGUCUUCUGGGUUUUCCUCCAGGAGGGACAGAGACCGCUCCUUCGAAAGAGGCGGAGUGCCUGCCAAAGGGGGCAGACCCAGUCGGGGACGAGGAGGAGAGUUCUACCGCGGUGGCCGUGGUUACCGGGGUACGUACACUGCCAGUGCUGGACCAGCUGGUGGCGGUCGUGGCAGGAUGGGAGCGAGGAGUGGGAGAGACUACCGCUCCUCUGCUGGGGGCGGCCACCACCAAGAAGCCAAGGGCGACGGAUCCGGUGUUCGGCACGGCCAGGACCGGUCUCAGCAUAACCCGGCGAGAGCGAGGAACCGCAGCGAGACCCGCAGCGAGGGCUCAGAGUAUGAAGAAAUCCCCAAGAGGAGGAGGGAGCGAGGUUCGGAAACGGGCAGUGAGAGUGGGGGCAGUGACCUCGGUCACUCUGACAAGGAAGAACACCAGAAACCCAAGAACUGUUCGGAGAACGCCGGAGCCACGGGGAGCGUCUCUUCAGUGGCGCCCAGAGUUUCUCAGGCUCGCGUGUUCACCCCCAGGGGGGUUCCCUCCAGGAGGGGCCGGGGUGGGGGCGGCGGCGGAGGGGGAAACAUGUACAGGGGCAGUGGCACUGUCGGAGGGCCUGCUGGGGGCCAUCGGGUCGGACCCGGCUCAGGGUCUUACGCCGGAUCAUCAAAGUCUGCCGCUUCAGGCCGGAAACCGCAAGGUCCACCUCAGACCUCUGCACCCAAAGAUCUGGGUCGAGGGGGGGGCGCAGGAGAAAAGAAGGACAAGGUGGUAGACGGAGGUCAGAGUCAGGGGGCCAACCCGCCUCCGCCAUCUUUACCUGCCACGGCGUCUCCUGCUGUGGCGUCCGCUGAGAACGGAGGAGUGAUCAUCCAACAAGCUGCAACCAAUCCCGCCCCGAACUCAGGAGGCCCGAACGCCCCCCCGCAUCCUGCCAACCGGGGCCACCCUCCGGGUGGGUUCGACCGACCCCCGAGGCGACGCCGUCACGGCCGCUCUCAACACCAGCAGGACAAGCCUCCCCGCUUCCGCAGACUGAAGGAGCGAGAGAACGCCGCGCGCAUCAACGGCGGCGUCGGCGUCAUCGGCGGCGGCAGACCUUCGUCUCCUUCCCUGAAUUCGGUUCAGGACAGCAACGGAGCUCCGGCGGCCGCCCCCGUGGCAGGAAACGCCCCGAACCACGGCUCCGCUCUGAGCACCAACAACAACAACAACAGCGGCGGGCAGCAGCCCAACAACGCAAACAGCCACCACCAUCACCUCUACAACCAGAGCAACGCUGCCCCAGCCCACGCCCAGCACCACCACAACCACGGAGCCAAGUCUCCGGACUUCACCAACCAGAACUCGGACCAGGCCAACGAGGAGUGGGAAACCGCCUCUGAGAGCAGCGACUUCACCGAGUUCAGAGACAGGGACGCCGGAGGGGGGAAGUCCUACGUCUCCCACCAUCACCACCACCCGGGUAGAGGCGGCGGCCUGGUGGAUCGAGACAUGGCCGGUAAAGAGCCGUCUGCGAAUAAACGAAGCUUCUCCAGCCAGCGUCCCGGGAUGGAGCGACAGAACAGGAGGGUCAACACCGGAGGAGGCGGAGGCAGAGGCCCUCGCGGCCCCCCGGGCGGCGGUGGCGGCUCCGGUGCUCCCGCCAACGGAGGUGGCAACCGCGGGGAGAAACGUGGAAACUGGCCAUCGCCCAAAAAUAGGAAGUGAUGGAGUAUUAAGAAGUUUUGUUAGACGAGCCCACACACCCACCCUUCCAUCUUAACCCCUUCUGAUUGUUAUUUCAUGGCUUAUCUGUUGACUCCCCUCACACAUUAGUGGAUCGUGCCGUUUUAUGGAGAUGGUAUUCAUACUCGCCUCUGCUCUUCCUUUUACAUCCUGCGUACCGUCCGUUUAUGUAGCGCUGUCUCUUUGUUUGGUCUUGCUCUCCUUUAGUUCAUGGACCCCCUUCGUUUUCUUUUUAACGGCCCUUUAACAAACACUGAGAAGCAUGUGGCUGUAUCGCUAAGCUACACAAGCACCAACACGGCAGAAUUAAAAUGUUUGCUUAGAAACCCC